UUUAGCAUUACAAGCAAAGUUCUGCAAUAAGCUAUUUUAGUCUGCAACCUGAAUUUCUUUUUGCCAUGUUUUAAUUUGGACUUGUAUCUAUAUAUAAAUCAAACUUCAAAACUUAAAGGAGGAGUUAAUGGGUUCAAGCAGCAUACAUUCCACUAAUAUCAUACUUAACCAUGAUUUUUCUGGAGGACUACAUUCUUGGCACCCCAAUUCUUGUCAUGCUUUUGUGACUUCGGAAGAGUCUGCUUAUCCUGAAGUAGUAACAACCAAGUUAAGUGGUCAUUAUGCUGUUGCCACUAAUCGGGAAAAAAGUUGGCAAGAAUUGAAACAAGUAAUUACUGAGAGAGUUUCUACAGGUUGCACUUAUACAGUUUGUGCUUUGGUUGGAGUAUCUGGGGCCCCACAUGGUGUUGAUAACGUGGAGGCUACUCUGAUACUUGAAUAUGGAAAUUCAGAGGAGAUACUUGUCCAUUGGAAGAUGACUAUGUCACACCAAUAUAACAUUCCAGAAGAAGAACGUGUCCAGGCCCAUGUCUCAUAGGUCAGCAGCACAAAAUAUAUAUCAGUUGUCCUCAACAAAUUGGAUCCACAACAAAAGCGUAUGUUUGAGGACAGUUGUAUAGGACAUGUGGCAAGGUUAUCGGAGCUGAAACUAUCCGCUCAAUUAAUUCAUGAAAUGGUAAACAGAACGGUGGUUUGCAAAAAGAGGUUUGAGAUUUGGUUCAAGGUGAACCAAAGGUUCGCACGAUUUGGAUUGUUGAGUUCACAUUAAUCACUGGCUUGAAGUGCGGUAAAGUGUCUAAAGGUACCGAAGUUAACAAAAUCCUAUAGAAAACCCAUAUACAGGACAGAAUGUUUGCUAAUAUGGACCGGAUAACUUGUAGCAAUCUGGAGAAAUUUUUCUUGAAAUGUGGCACUCGUAACGAUCGUUACAAGUUUGGGUUGGCACUAAUUAUUGAAGGGGUAUUCAAUUCACGAGACCGAAAUGUAGGGAUACAUCCGACAACUCUCUCCAUCGUUGACAACUUAGAUUUCUUCAAUGCCUACCCAUGGGGGACAUUAUGUUUUCAACUUCUUAUCAAAUCACUGCUACGUGUAUGGGGAAGAAAGACGGACAUGGCAAAAGUGAACAAUUGUCACAGGAUGACUUACACGUUGUACGGAUUCCCUCUCGCUGUCCAGAUUUGGGCGUAUGAGGCAAUCCCAGAAUUGGGAGCUCGAUUCUCGAGCAAGACUUGCGACGAUGUUCGAGGAUGUUGCGGUGGUCUGGCACGAAAUAACCCUAUUCCAGAACAUAUGCAGAUUUUUUUGAAAAGACAUGUGUGAGCAAUUUAUGUACAUAAUAUGCUCAUACUUUCGCAAUAUAUGAUAUUUCAGCUCGCCUAUUUUUCCUUCCCCUGUAGGUAAACUUGUGGGUAACGCUGCGCGCAACUGCUGUAGAAGUAUUGCAGCCCUGCAUCGUCGAUCUAGUUCCGUUGGAAGACGUAGCUGACCCCAUUCUAGAUGGUCUCAUUGCUCAACCAAUAGAAAUAUAAGAUUGUCCAAUUGAAGAUGAUGUUAUACGGAACGAUGACAACAACCAUGUACGAAAUAAAUCUCGACGAGGCAACACAUGUGGACUUCGUCAUCGAGAUUUACAUCACGUUGACGGUGAAGAAGAAGAGCAUGGGGUUCCAAUUAUCGAAAGGCAUGUGUCUUUAGAUGAGAUAAGAGCUCUCUUCAAUGAACAACAGGAGGCAUUUGAGAGCAAGUUGGGCGAUUUGAGAGAGGAGAUGAGUACCAAAUUUGCUAGUCUCCAAAAUGAACUGGGAUAUCAUGAGUGCAGUUUGAGAAAUCACGUCACUGAUGAGAUAAAUAUGAUCCGAGGUAGGUUUGAUGAAGUUGCUAUGGAAAUUGGGGUACACAAUGUUGUUGACUAGUAUGGUGAAUUUGGUUAUGAUGAUUGUGGUGGAGAUGAGCCCUGACGUGAAGUUUUCACUCUCAAUAUUUCUACGGACAAACAGAAUGUCGGAGAGGCAACCGAAACAGUUGUUUGUAAUAUCCCUGAUGUGUCCAUAACAUCGAGAGGUGGAGUUGGAGCACUUAGGUCAGUAUACGUUGCUUGUGAUAUUGUGAAAGAGGCACCAACCAUUGUACCUAUAGUUGGUGUGUCCAUUGAUUAUCAGCCGGUUCAUGAUAGCGUCGUUAUUGGACUUUCGAUGGCAACUGAUCCACCUACACAUAGACCUCGAUCGUUGAGGCUGAAGAAGGCUAGUGCGAACACAAAGAAGCCAUACACCAGAUCUGGGCGCAAGAGGGGUAAGAGAGAUGUGUAGGCUGUGUAUUUUGGUUGACGGCACAUAAUGAUGAUUGGAUAUGAACUUCAGGUUAAUUUGAAUUUAGAGGUUCGCAUAUUUUGAUUUAUAUGGUGGUUUGCAAUGUGUAUUUUGGUUUAUGUCGUGGUGCGCAACAUGUAUUUUGGUUUACAAAGUAGUUUAUAUAUUCUGGUUUAUAUGCUGGUUUGCAAUAUUUAUUUUGCUUUAUGUGGUGGUACGUAACAUGUAUUUUGGUUUAUGUGGUGGUACAUAAUAUGUAUUUUGGUUUACACAGUGGUUUGCAUAUUUUGGC